ACGCGAGGCUUGCAGCAGGCAGAGAAGGAGGAAGGGGCCGUGGAGCAGAGGAGGUGGCUCCGGCCACAGUGAGGGCUCUCAGGGUCCUUGCCUGAGAGGGCGGCGAGGGGCUCAGGGUCUGGGCUGGUGCUCUGGAAUGCAGCCGCCUUCACUGCUGCUGCUGUUGCUGUGUCACUCAGUCGUCAAGACCAGAGUGCUGCACUGUGGGGACUCCCCAGAGCCCUGUGCCAACGGAGGCACCUGCCUGAACCUAUCUCAGGGACAAGGGACCUGCCAAUGUGCCCCUGGCUUCCUGGGUGAGACCUGCCAGUUUCCUGACCCCUGCCUGGAUGCCCAGCUCUGCCAGAAUGGGGGCAGCUGCCAAGCCCUGCUUCCCACCCUCCCAGGCUCCCCCAGCCUUCCCUCUCCCUUGGCCCCCAGCUUCUCCUGCACCUGUCUCUCUGGCUUCACUGGCCAGAGGUGCCAGGCCCAACUCAAGGACCCCUGUUCUUCCUUCUGUUCCAAAAUGGGCCGCUGCCACAUCCAGGCCUCAGGCCGCCCACAGUGCUUCUGCCUGCCUGGAUGGACAGGUGAGCAGUGUCAGCUUCAGGACUUCUGCUCGGCCAACCCCUGCAUCAAUGGAGGGGUGUGUCUGGCCACACACCCCCAGAUCCAGUGCCUCUGCCCACCCGGCUUCGAGGGCCAUGCCUGCCAACACGAUAUCAACGAGUGUUUCCUGGACCCGGGACCUUGCCCCAAGGGCACUUCCUGCCAUAACACACUGGGAUCUUUCUGGUGUCUCUGCCCCACUGGGCGAGAGGAUCCACACUGUGACCUUCAGCCAGGACCCUGCCCCUCUAGUGGCUGUUCCAAUGGGGGCACCUGUCAGCUGUUUCCAGGAAGAGACUCUACCUUCCAUCUUUGCCUCUGCCCCCAAGGUUUCACAGGCCCGGACUGUGAGGAGAACCCAGAUGACUGUGCUGGCCACCAGUGCCAGAAUGGGGGCACUUGCCAGGAUGGGCUGGGCACCUAUAGCUGCCUCUGCCCAGAGACCUGGACAGGUUGGGAUUGCUCUGAAGAUGUGGACGAAUGUGAGGUUCCUGGUCCCCCUCGCUGCAGAAAUGGGGGUACGUGCCAGAACUCAGCUGGCAGCUUCCACUGCGUGUGUGUGAGCGGCUGGGGAGGCACAGGCUGUGAAGAGAACCUAGAUGACUGUAUUGCUGCCACCUGUGCCCCAGGAUCCACCUGCAUUGACCGCGUGGGCUCCUUCUCCUGCCUCUGCCCACCCGGACGCACAGGACUCCUGUGCCACAUGGAGGACAUGUGCCUGAGCCAGCCGUGCCACGGGGAAGCCCAGUGCAGCACCAAUCCCCUGACAGGCUCCACACUCUGCCUGUGUCAGCCCGGCUACUCAGGGCCCACCUGCCACCAGGAUCUGGACGAGUGUCAGAUGGCCCAGCAAGGCCCCAGUCCCUGUGAACAUGGCGGCUCUUGCCUCAACACCCCUGGCUCCUUUGACUGCCUCUGUCCCCCUGGCUACACGGGCUCCCGCUGCGAGGCUGAUCACAAUGAGUGCCUGUCCCAGCCCUGCCACCCUGGCAGCACCUGCCUGGACCUGCUCGCCACCUUCCACUGUCUCUGCCCACCAGGCUUAGAAGGGCAGCUCUGUGAGGUGGAGACAGACGAGUGUGCCUCUGCUCCGUGCCUGAACCAGGCUGACUGCCACGACCUGCUCAACGGCUUCCGGUGUGAAUGCCUGCCCGAGGAGGAAACCGGAACCUAGAGAGCUCGAGUAGCUUGCCCAAAGUCACACAGAUAGCGGGUGGCUGAGCAUCAUUCCCUUGUCAUCUCCACCUGCCCAGGUGUCUUCUCUGGGAAGCCCUCCAGGUUCACCUUUCCUGGUGAGGGGAAGGGCUAGGACUUGCAUUUAUGCCUUUCACACAAUAUAUUUUUAGCCUUGAUACAAAUAUCCAGUUACGGCUUAUUUAUAUGAAGAAUGAACUUACCAAGUUACUCUCUGUUAUGUUCUCAAACUCAAAUCAGUAUUUGAGAAGCCCUGAAAUUGGUGCCUCAUUAUAUAAUGAAACAUGUACACGAACCCCCAAACCAAGCCAUCUGAAACAAGAACCUUUCCAUUGCCAUUUGUAGCAAUGUUAUUUCUAUAUAUGUAAAGAGAAGACUCUAAGUAUUAACUCUAAAUUUCUUAUUUAAAUCCAUGAAAUCAUACCUGUACAGCUCAGUCAGAAAUAUUUGUAACAAACUGCCUAAUGAAUCUAGAGAAAAUCACUAAAAAGGAAGGAAGG